AUGUACAUCCAUGGCAGCCUCAUCUACUGCAAUGCCGACACAGCUAAAAAAAUUUGCAAACCUAUCCCUAAUUUCCCCAUCAACGCGACUUCCAACAGCAACAGCAACAACGCUACCAUCGCCAACCGAGCAUCUCCCGACCCAUCCUAUACUCACCGCAACCGCACCUUCACCUCAAACACCGACCUGGUCGAUCCUUUGCGAAUCUAA